AUAGCUUGGUUUUUUCAGGGUGAACGUGGAUCUACAGAAGUUGUAGUUCACAAUCGAGUUUCUCGUUCACGCUUGUGUCUUUCAUGUAAGAACAAUCCGCCAUCAUGGGUCGUAUGCACGCUCCCGGAAAGGGUAUUUCCCAGUCAGCGCUACCCUACAGACGCAGUGUUCCGACGUGGCUUAAACUCACGCCAGAAGAUUGUAAAGAGCAUAUUUAUAAGCUGGCCAAGAAAGGUCUGACACCUUCUCAAAUAGGUGUGAUUCUCCGAGAUUCUCAUGGAGUGGCGCAAGUACGGUUUUUGACAGGUAACAAGAUUCUUCGUAUCCAGAAAGCGAUGGGACUAGCACCUGACCUACCCGAAGACCUAUACUACCUGAUCAAAAAGGCCGUAGCCAUCCGUAAGCAUUUGGAGCGCAACCGCAAGGAUAAAGACAGCAAGUUCCGCCUGAUCUUAGUCGAAUCAAGAAUCCACAGGCUCGCUCGUUAUUACAAAACCAAAAGCACACUUCCUCCAAAUUGGAAGUACGAAUCAUCGACCGCGAGCGCUCUUGUUGCAUAAGAAAUAUCCACUGAAAUUAUAUUUACAUCAAUAAAUUUUAUCAAGGGAUGUAAAUUCAAA